AUGGCUCCGCGUCUCCUCGCCCUCCCGGCACUGGCCUGGCGAGGCCCAAGAGCCGCCUGCGAGGAACGGCCGCCGCGCCAAAAGCCGAGGGUGGUGGUGGUGGGCGCUGGGCUCACCGGGUGCCUCACGGCCGCGCUGCUGAGGCGCUCAGCUUCCAACCGAAACCUGGAGAUCGAGGUUUGGGAGCGCGCCACCUAUCCAUCCGGCCGCUUUGGCGCAGGCUUUGCCUUCCAGGACCACUGGGCCGACAUGGGAGCACAGGUGCUGUCCGUGGUGGAGGUGGACUCCGGGCACCCCAACGCCGGCGCCGACGGCCACGGCCUGCAGACGGAGGCGCUGCGCUGCGCCUGGCGCGAGGUUCAGGCACUGCAGGCGCGGGGCGAGCUGGUGCGCGCGCCGGAUGAGAUGCUGGGUGACACGGAGGAGCGCAUGAAGUACGAGGGCCUCUGGGCCCACUUCUGGGCGCCCCUCGGCUUUGCCGCACUGCUGCGGCGGUACCUCGCCGAGGCCCAGGCGGCGCUGCACUGCCGCCGCCGCGCCGAGCGCGUGACCUGCAAGACGUGGAGUGCCCGUGCGCGGGUGGAGAGCGAAGGUGUGCAGGUGGAGGCCGACGUGGUGGUGCUGGCGGUUCCGGCGCCGGAGGCCCGGCGGUUGCUGGCAACGGCCGCGGCCGCGGACGCGGACGCGGCGCUGAAGGCGCUGGGGGCUUUGGGCUACGACGCCCGGCGCGCAGCGGCGCUGGCGCUGGACCACGCGGCGUAUCCCCUGGUGGCUGGGGCCUUUGAGGAUCACGCGGAGCUCACUGUGGAGGACAUGGGAGACGGGAAAGUGCACCUGGUCGCCUGGCAGAAUGCCAAAAGAAGUUCCUCAUGCGGCGUAGGGCACGGGGACCCCAUGCUGCUGGUGGUUCACUCGGAGGGCGGCUGCGCGGAGUCGGAGGGCUUUCUGCAGGAGGCGCUGGGGGCGGUGAGGCGCCUGGUGGGUUUCCCUGUGGAGGAACUGCUGCUGGGGUCCAGGGUCAUCGACUGGAGCUGCUGCCAGAUGGUCCGACCUCUCGAGAGCGUGCCGACGAGCUUCUCGCUGUGGGCGCCAUGCUCCGUCCAUGGCCGCGUUGUAGUGGCCGGGGACUUCUGGUCCCAGAGCAGCUUUUUGGGCUGCUUCUGCUCGGCCCAGGCGGCAGCGCGCCAGGAACGAGGUGGAGUCCUCAAAGCCAGCGGGCAUCGCGUAUGGCCGUUGCACGGACUUUGGUUCCUUGUGCGCAUCAGGCACUUUGGCUCAAGAAUAGAAGGACCGCGUCACAUGGACCGCCCUUCUGAAGAGCAAGCUCUGGCGAAUGCGGUGUACACGGAGCGGCUGGUGCAGUGGCUUGCUGCAAUGCGGCUCAUGGGCAUGAAGCAGCCAAGAGUUGUGACUGCCGGGCGCGCGAUGCGGGCUAUUGCCCAGCCCAAAAGGGCCGCGAUCCACGGAUAUCAGUACAGCUACGAGACGAACAAGCAGCUCCAGGAGUUUUGGUCGCACAGUUGGCAGACGCCAGCGUGGAAGAAGGCAUUGACGUUGUUUCUCCGCUACAACGGUUUGGCUGCCGCCAUCGCCGGCACCUUGGGUGCAGCAGUUCCGUUUGGCCUCUCCUGCUUUGACCUGAUCCCAGGCUACACGAAACAGCCAUGGAGAGGACCUCUGGUGGAGAUCGCCCCUUGGUGUCUUUUGACCGGCGCGCUGCUGUUUUGCAUCGUGGUGUGCCUGUGGCGAUCUCAAAGGAUUGUUUGGGUUGACCUCCUGUGCAUUCAUCAAACGGACCUGAAGCUGAAACAGAUGGGUCUCAUGAGCUUUGGUGGCGUUAUCAAGAGCGCCAAGGGGAUGUUGGUGGUGUGGGAUGAGACCUGGGUUGAGAGGCUUUGGUGUAUUUAUGAAUUGGCUGCGUUCAUGAAGAGUCAUGGAGAGGAGGCCAAGCAGCACCUCCUCAUCGUGCCGACCUUCUGUGGCACUUUCUGGGUGGCGCAAUUCGGGCUCGCCUUUCUAAUUAUGCUCGGCAAUGUGGUCCUUCCCUUUGACAAUGUGAUUGUCAUCGUUGUCGGCCUUGUUGGCUUGUUGGCGAAUGCGAUUGUGCUUGAGAUGCUGGUCUUUGACUUCUACUCUCAAGUUGAUACCCUGGAUGCUCGCUUGCGCUGCUUUUCUCUAAAGGAUGUAAAGUGCUCCUGCUGCACCAAUAAUCACACGGAUGCAGAUGGGCAGCCUGUGGGCUGUGAUAGAAGCAUCCUCCUUCAGUGUAUGUGCCACUGGUUUGGGUCAGAGGAUGCCUGCGAGUCCAUCAUUUCCUCCACCGUGCGUGAUGCGGUGAGAGAGAAGUUAGGCAGGUUUCCCUGGUCGUACUGGGCGAUGCUCUCAACGUUUAUGCCCGUUUGGUGGGCCUACAUGGACCACACAGCCGCGCGGAUCCGGGAGGAGCGCUGGCUGCAGGCUGGCGCGGUGGUCGUCAACUUUCUGGCAUGGUGCUUCAAUAUUUUGCCAGCAGUCCUUACCUUUACUAUUGCCAUGGUGCGCAAGACUCACGCAGGUUCGAAGUCGCAAAUGCGAUAUCGCUGGCUUUGCCGCAUAACGAAUAUCCUGUUUCACCUCCUGGCUCAGUCUUGUGAUCGUCUCACCCUGUUUUUAAUACCGGAUGAUAAGUUGCUCUCCGAGGCGCUUCUCCUCGCCGUAUCCUUAUUUCCAGCGAUUGGAGCCUGGAGGUUGCGAAGAAUCUCCUGAGAAGUUUGUCUCCAAUCAUUUACGGUUGUGCAAUUCGGGACAGACAUCAGCA